UCAAACACUGAACUGGCUAUCAGUUUCCAACAAAAAAAAUGGCCGGUAAAGCUCGAGGUAUUCUCUUUUCCCUCCUAGUCCUAACCCUAAUCGAAUCCUCUCGUGCCGGUUCCGGCAUUGGUACCUACUGGGGGCAAAACACUUUUGAGGGAAGCUUGAAUGAUGCAUGUUCUAGUGGCUUGUAUUCCUAUGUUAACAUAGCUUUUCUUAACACAUUUGGUAGCGCUCAAGUUCCUCAACUCAACCUAGGAGGUCACUGUGAUCCAAGAUACGGUCAGUGCGUAGGGCUUACGACAGACAUUCUUAAUUGUCAAAAACUAGGAAUCAAGGUGAUGCUUUCUCUUGGCGGUCCUACUGGUACAUAUACUCUAACUUCCACGGAGGAUGCCAAAAACCUCGCAAUUUAUUUAUGGAACAACUUCCUGGGUGGACAGUCGGCUACUCGCCCUUUCGGUACUGCGGUGUUGGAUGGUAUUGAUUUCGAUAUAGACCUAGGUUCGAAUCAAUAUUACAGCGAUCUUGCAAGGUUUCUAGCAGAUUAUAGCAAACAAGGGACAAAGGUGUAUUUAUCAGCGACGCCUCGUUGUACAUUUCCCGACAGUUAUAUGGGAACUGCGAUUUCAACCGGCCUUUUUGAUUUUAUCUGGAUCAAGUUUUACAACAAUCCUGCAUGUGAGUAUGCUGUUGGUAAUAUCCAAAGCCUUACCAGUGCCUGGACCAAGUGGACUUCAUCGGUACCUUCAAGCACUAUGUUUUUAGAAUUACCGGCAUCAGCUGAUGCAGCGACGAGUGGUUUCAUUCCCACAGAUAUUUUGAUUAAUCAAAUUUUUCCCCACGUAAAGACGUCUCCCAACUAUGGAGGAAUAAUGAUUUGGUCAAGGUACUAUGAUAGUUUAAGUGGAUAUAGCAAGAGCGUCAAAGGAGAUGUACCUCAGCAAAUCGAGCUCAAGUCUUCUUUGGAAGACGAAGGCCGAUCUUGCUCCUCUGCCUAGUGUGUUGUUCGGCACGUUUUACUUUUUCGAUCAUCGACUUCUAUGUCUGCUCAAAUAAUGUAGCUCAAAUAAAAAAGACAUGCUAAAUAAGAAAUCUUCUUUUC